AUGGAUCAAUCUUAUAGAAAAUUAAGAACAGUUGAACUACAGAAAAGAAAAGUAACUCAGUCGAAAAAUCCAUCAAAUUUAACAGAAAGAAAAUUAGGAAAUGUUUAUGCACCAAAAGACUUUGAUGAAGAUUCGACAAUAGUUGUUUGUAAUUUUCCACAAAAUAUGACAAUAAAUGAAUGUAAAAAUUUUAUGCAAUGGAUAGGACCAGUGAUAAAAGUUGAAAAAAUUUCUUCUUUUAUGCAAGAAAAUAAUUAUCUUGUAGUUUUUUGUAACCCUUACUAUGCAAAAAUAGCUUUAGAAAUUCCAUUAUUAUAUGAAAAUAAGGUAAAACUUUUUACAAGAGCAGUUGAAAAAAGAGAAACUAUUUGGAAAAAUAUUAAUGACAUGAUUUCAACAAAUAUAAAUUUUUUUUCAUAA